CUCACGCUUGCGAAAAGAGCGUGCAGUUGUCGUCCUACUCGGUCCUAAAAGCGUCAGGCCUUCGUGUCUUACCAUCUACGUGUAUCUCUCGGUGUGCUUGAGCGUCACCAUGGUUCCGUGAUCUGAGGGGUCGUCCGUCCGAUAGACUCGCCUUAUCAUUGCUAUCAAAUGGCCCACUGGAAGGAGGAGUACUCCGCUGCGCUGGCGGCUCGUGAUCGACGAGAGAAAGCCAACAUAGCUAUCUACGAUGCGUAUACUCAACUGGCCGAUCGCACCGGUCGCAUAGCAGCAGCGGCUAGCAAUCCGCAAAGCCCGGUUCCCACUCAAGGUCAGCAGGUGCCGACCGACACGUCAGGAUCCCGUUCCAGUAAACAGACGUCAGGGGCGCAGGACCCAUCUCUACAAGAGACUCUUCUUGCGACACGUGCGGAUCUUUCCGAAGCACAACGGUCUCGUUCCGAACUGCAAGACCGGCUCGCUCGUGUGACCGUUGAGCUGGAGAAGCUGCGGAAAAGAAACACCCAAGAUAGCAGGCGGAUCCAUGCGUAUGGGGGUGAGGUUGCGCAUCUUCAAUUGCGUUUGAAAGAUCGCGACGAGGAGUUGCGAGGAAAGGCAAAACUACUGGACGAUUUCCAAGACGAGCUAGCAUCGUUGAAUCUCCAACUGAACAUGGCCGAAGAGCGGACUUCCCGGCUUGAACGGGAAAACCAAGAGCUCGUUGAUCGCUGGAUGGCUAGAAUGGGCAGGGAGGCAGAAGCCAUGAACGCUGCCUCCCAAUUCUCAUAGCGAGAAAACUACACGACGAACUGACAUAGACUCUUCAUAUCCCGCUUGAUGCUGGACUGAUUUCUCAAGGUUUGAUUUUGAUUUGUAGAAUGUACUGGUACCCAGUAUUAGUGUGCUGUCACAGGCUGCACAAGAAAGUUAUGAUCCCAAGAGAUGUUAUUCACACUGUGCCCAAGUCCUAUAUCUCAUUCCAU